AUGUCUAACUCGGCAGCAGAGCGCUUUCUCGCAGACAAGGCACCCCCCAUUUGUGGUCUCGAGGUUUCAAAAUCUUUUGGGCAACUCACGUCCAAGGAGAAGAGAUAUGCGCAUUACAUCGGUCAGGCAGCUUGGGCAGGUGGCCGCAUCAUCCAAGGGCAAUGGACACCUCAGGCACAGCAGCUCUACGACCUCCUGAUUCUGACAUUCAGCAAGAAUGGGAAACUUGUGGACCUAGGCGAAUUGAAGAAAACCUCUGGCCUUUCAUCGGAAGAGUUCGAAGACGUUUUGCAGUACGCUUCUCAAGUCCUAACCAAUCUCGUAAACUACAAGAGCUUUGGAUUCACAAAGAUCAUACCGCGUGUUCCUCAGGAGACGUUUGCGGCUGUAAUCCAGGCUUCUGCUAACGCUUCCAAUGCUGUUGCACUAUGGAACGAAGUAAAAUCUUCGCUCUCCAUUGGCAAGCGAAGCGAAGGCCACGUGUCAAAUUAUUAUCUUGGUCAACCCAUCACAGAUGAAGAAGUCGCUGCCGUCCAAGAAGCGGCAGAAAAAAUCGAUGUCGAUGUCUUGAAUACUCGUGUAGUCAAAAACGGUCCGAACGAUUUCAAGCUGCUCGUUGCCUCAGCAAACAGUAAUUCUUCGAUUACCCACGAUAUUACCACUCCAAUGGGCAAUGCGAAGCUGACUGUAGAAUACGGUGAUUUUGCUGACGCCCUGACGAAGGCUGUUACCGCACUUCAAGAGGCCAAGAAGUAUGCUGCCAACGAGAACCAGACUGCUAUGAUUGAGGGCUACAUCAAAUCGUUUGAAACUGGAUCUAUCCAAGAUCACAAAGAUGCCUCGAAGUACUGGGUCAAGGACAUAGGCCCUGUUGUCGAAAGUUACCUCGGGUUCAUUGAGACAUAUGUCGACCCUUAUGGUGGUCGAGCUGAGUGGGAGGGUUUCACUGCUAUUGUUGACAAACAACUUAGCGCUAAAUACGACAUACUUGUUAACGACGCUCCUGAACUGAUCAAGGUACUCCCCUGGGGCAAGGAAUUUGAGGUUGACGUGUUCAGAAAGCCCGACUUUACUGCGCUCGAGAUUGUUUCAUUCGCGACGGGCGGCAUCCCUGCCGGCAUUAAUAUCCCCAACUAUUACGACAUACGAGAAUCCACUGGUUUCAAGAAUGUAUCUCUUGCGAACAUCCUAGCGGCCAAAGCGCCUAACGAAGAGCUAACGUUCAUCCACCCUGACGAUGUUGACCUUUAUAAUGAGUGGGACUCACGUGCAUUCGAGCUACAGGUUGCGAACCAUGAACUCCUUGGGCACGGUUCAGGCAAGCUCUUCCAAGAAGCGGCAGAUGGUUCUCGUAACUUUGACUCAGAAAAGGUCAUCAAUCCACUGACUGGAAAGCCGAUCACAUCGUGGUAUAAACCCGGCCAGACAGCUGAUUCUGUACUUGGCGAGGUUUCUUCUUCAAUGGAAGAGUGUCGUGCAGAAACUGUUGCUCUAUACCUUGUCAGUAACCCUACAAUCCUCAAAAUCUUUGGUUACACCGAUAAGCAAGUGGUCGAAGACGUUCAAUACAUCACUUUCCUUCUUAUGGCUCGCGCUGGAUUACGUGCACUCGAAUAUUAUGACCCGUCUACAGGGAAACAUGGUCAAGCACACAUGCAGGCAAGGCUUGGCAUUACGCAAUUCUUGAUCAAAGAAGGCAUUGCACGUCUCGAGGAAAUAAAGGGAGCGGAUGGCAAGCUUGAAAAUCUCUACGUCAGGGUCGAUCGCGAGAAAGUGCUCUCUCAAGGUCAGACUGUUGCGGGGAAACUACUAAUUGAGCUCCAAGUACGCAAGAGUACCGCUGAUGGCGCUGGCGCCCGAGCAUUCUACACAACAUUGACAAACCCGUUGGACGGUUGGGAUAAGGAAAUACGAGACAUCGUGUUGAAGAAGAAACUACCUCGCAAAAUCUUGCUGCAACCUAAUACCUUUGUGGUGGAUGGUGAGGUGCAGCUGAAGGACUAUCCAUUAACACCCGCGGGUGUUAUCGAGAGUUUCAUCGAGCGAGGGUUGUGA